AUGGAGGAUGCAGAAGGGAGUAAUCUCUUGUCGGUUGACUUGCGCAACUGGUGCAGAGGAGAAGGUAUAGACCCUGCUCAUGCUGUAAUGUUAACUGGUAUAAGAGAAGACACUGAGAUAGCACAUAUUGAGGAAGCCUUGCAUGGUAUUAAAGUUUUAGGACGUGUCCGAGUAAGGGGCAAAAUGUACAGGAGUUUAAAGGUGCUUUGCGAAUGCCGAUCUGAGGUGGAUCCAGCAGCACUUCCCCCAGAAGUCUUACCUAAUGGUGGGGAGGGGGGUGUUUGGAAACUGGUGACUACCAAUACAGUGGGUGGUAGCCCAGAAAGUUUCGCUGGAAAAUUUGAAAAACUACUUAAAGAUGAAGGGAUGACUAUGGACGAUGUACAAGCUCUGUACAUGCGUGAUAAGUCUGGUCAAAGUAACCCAGAGUCUAUUAUUCGGGCUGUUGGGGAGCUGAUAGGAAAGACAGUCAGGCCCUCAAAUGAAAAUAAUGCCUAUAGGCGUUUAAGGGUUUUUUCUGGUGUGAGUCCCACACCUGCAGGCGAAGAAGGCUUAGAUGUUUGGGCUGAUCAAGCAAGGCUUAUGGUGGAGGAAUGUGACUGCUCCGAUAGAGAAAAACGGAGGAGGUUAAUUGAGAGUCUGAAAGGGCCAGCUUUAGAAGUCAUUCAAGCCGUAAGAGUGGCUAAUCCUAAUGCUCGGCCUGCCGAAUAUAUUGAGGCUGUAGAAAAUAUAUUUGGGACAACCGAGUCAGGGGAAGACUUAUACAUUGCAUUUAGGAUGCUACGUCAGCAAAGUGGGGAACUAUUGUCUGCGUUCCUUAGGAGGUUAGAGAAGUUGCUUGCUAAAGUAGUGCGGAAAGGAGGUCUUUCGGCUGAUCUAGCAGAUAAAGCCCGGGUGGAACAGUUAUUAAGAGGGGCUACUGAGUCUGAAAUUAUGCUGUUACAUCUCAGGCUAAGGGAGAGAAAGCAAAACCCCCCAUUUUUUUUGAAACUGCUCACAGAAAUUCGUGAGGAGGAGGAAUGGGAAGAGCAUAGACAACAAUCCACUUGGAGCACAAAACAACCCCGAGUUCACUCAGCUCAUGUGCAGGAAGAGGUUGAUCCUGGGUCAUUUGACUUUAACAGUUUAAAAGUGGAAAUUUCCGAUUUGAAAGUACAGUUAGAGAAGACUCCUAGAUUGGCACAGUCCCAAGUUGCAAGUGUCCCUGCUGAGACAAAACAGACAAAAAACAUGAAGUUUGAGAAAGAUGCUGAUCUGCAGGCGUUACAGAAACAAGUGUUGGACCUGCAGAGGGAGCUAAAAGUGUUAACUGUACAUCCCCUGCAGAAACACAUACCUGAGUCAAAAAAAGACUUUUGGGAAAUCCAGCGAAGUGGAUAG